CUGUCUGAUUUUUUGAUAAGACAUUGUACAAAUACCUAUGUACAACACAACAAUAAAGUAAUGUAAAAGGUAAAGAUAUUGUAAUGUGUAUACGUACUUAAGGUGCUCCAAAGAAUGAGGAUUUUUGGGCUUCCAGAGCCCUCCUCCAAACCAACUUCGACUUCGAAACAUGUUUUAAUAUUGCGAUCGCAUUUGGGUGGUGCCUUGGGUUAAUCUCAUAUUUCGGUUUUGGUUUCUUUUACCGCUAAGGGCAUCAACAUUUAAUAAGACAACCUAGAUUAUAGGAGAUUCUCUAUACGAAUCUGUACAUAUGAAAAUUUUUGUAAACGUUGAAGCAAUUGUCAAAAUACUAAUAGAAAUCGACACAUUGUUUAGGUUAGAUUUUUUGUUUUUGUACUGUUCAUUCUUAUCGUUACUCUAAUAAUUAAUUAUCACAUUGCUCACAAAUUCACACUUACUUUUUUAUACAUCUUUUUAUUGCACCAUGUAUAGAGUUUCAAAGUAACAUAGAUCACACACGUAAAAUUUUGUGCGACGCAAAACGUAGCCUACCCUCCAUUACUGAACGGACUAUGGAAUCACAUGUUAGGUUACUUCUUUGUCAUUUGCUGCCAUUAUUUAUAAUAAUUUUGUUCACAAAAGUCUGUUAAUUACAAAACAAAGGAGUUUUCGUUUCCAUAAAUUACAAUUUAUUUAAAUUUUAUUUACGCACAUGAAACAACAUCAAGAAAGGUGUAAAAAACACACCAAUAUUAAAGAAGAUUAGUUUAUUGACAAUUAACAAGAUACAUGUUAGUAUCUAUAAUUAAGAAGUUACAAAUGAAUCAUUAAUUAUGAGAGUGUUGGAAUUAUAUAGCGGUAUCGGAGGAAUGCAUUAUGCAUUUCAAGAAAGUGGCGUCCAUGGGAAUUGUGUUGCAGCAGUGGAUAUAAAUACUGUUGCAAAUGAUGUUUAUAAACACAAUUUUCCAAAUGUUUGUCUUAUGAAUCGCAAUGUUCAAUCAAUUUCUGCACAAGAAAUAAAUGACUUACAUAUAGACACUAUAUUUAUGAGCCCUCCUUGUCAACCAUACACAAGGGUAGGCCUUCAAAAAGAUGUAUUGGACAAUAGAUCUUCUUCAUUAUUUUAUGUUCUAGAACUCAUACCUCAAAUAAAAUUGUUAAAAUAUAUUUUACUUGAAAAUGUAAAAGGCUUUGAAAAAUCUGAAAUGAGAAAUGAGGUAUUAAAAUGCAUUAAUAAUUGUGGAUUUAAUUAUAGAGAAUUGAUUUUAAGUCCAUGUCAGUUUGGUAUCCCGAAUACCAGAUACAGAUAUUAUCUGUUGGCUAAGAAAAAGAAUCUCAAAUUUUGUUUUGACCACACUGCAUUAAAUUUCAAUUUGCCAGAUGAUGUUUUAAUAGCUUUACCAAAGAGUAAGCAUAAUUUUUUAGCAGAAACAAGUUGCACACCAGGUAUGGAAAUUAGUAUGGAAAAAAGAUGUUAUACAUUAGAUAAGAUUUUGGAAAAUGUUGAAGAAACCCAAUAUCUAAUACCAAACAAAUUACUACAAAAGAGAGCUUGGGUAUUAGAUAUAAGGACAUCAGAAAGUCGUGGUUCUUGUUGUUUCACAAAAGCAUAUGGUCAUUACACAGAAGGUACAGGAUCUGUGUAUUGUCCCUAUUCAGAAAACAUAAUUAAAGAAGCAUAUUCAGCAGCAAGUGAAUACACUCAUGAAUCAGUAGAAGUGGUAGAAAUCUUAGGAAAAUUAAAGCUAAGAUAUUUUACACCUAGAGAAGUUUGCAGAUUAAUGUGCUUUCCAGAAAACUUUACAUUUCCAAAGCACACAACAGACAAACAAAAGUAUAGACUGUUGGGUAACUCAAUUAAUGUACAUGUAGUUGGCAGACUAAUAUUUUUAUUAUAUAAUGAAAAUUAAAUUGUAUAAAUCUUCAGAAAAAAAUACAAUACUUUUUUAUUAAACAAGAUCCGUAUUUAAUGAAAAGGCUUGUAAGGAAAUAACAAAUAUAGUGAAAUAGUUUAUGUAAAAACAUUCAACUUUUAAUACAAGUAAAAAUUAUUCACAUAUAAGUAGCAUAUGA